AUGCAUCACUAUCAAUAUAUUAAUGCGACAGAUAAUGAAAUGAAAGAUGAAAAUUUUGCUUUAGCCGAAAAGACAAAAUUAUCAAUCCGUAAAUUUGCUCAAGUUGUUUAUGCUUGCCAAUUUCAGGAGCCCAAUCAACUAUUAUCUGGUCUUAUUCAUACAAAACAAACAAUAGAACAACUUGAAUUAUUGGCUGCUGCCUGUCAAUCGAAACCUGCUAUUCUACUUGAAGGUGAUAUUUGUUCAAGAAAAUCUUCUCUUGUCAUAGAACUUGCUCAUGUAACACGCAAUCAUUUGAUUGUUAUACCACUUCAUGAAAAUUUUGAAACAUCAGAUUUAAUUGGUACAUGGUUACCGUCAACAGUAGACACACGUGGUAAUACAUUAUUUGUAUAUGCAUCAUUGAACUCAGUUCAAAAAAUUUUAUCAUAUAGUGACUUUUAGGACACCGUGUAUAAGAGCUGAGCAAGAAAAUAAAAAGUGUUAGCUUGCUAGUCUCUUUUGUCACAGCAGAACGUACACAAAAUGUCGUUAUUUAUCUACAACAACACGAGAUACAUGCUUUCUGUACAAACAAUUGAUGAAAGAAACACUCUUUUUGUGAUCAGCAAAGAAACACGUCCGACAAAAUUAAGGUAAAAUCAAUCAAAGAGUGAUAAAAUAUAGUUGCUGUGUGCUUCAUAUGCAUAUAUACACGAGGCAGUUAGCAAAAAUUGUUACGCUUAAUAAAUUAAAAGCAGGCACGCCUUCUUGCGAUCAGACGCGUCCAAUCUCGUGAUUGGCUACUCAUUCCAAACUGUAUGAGAAAGUUAUCCAUGAAAGGAUCAAAAACUGGGCGGAUCAAAAUCAAAUAAUUCUCGUAGAACAAUCAGGAUUUAGGAAAAGCCAUCUGUUACAGACUCGAGUUUUGUCAAUAUAUCAGGAAGUGAAGAAUAACCUAGCAGCUAAUAUUCCUACGCUUGCGAUAUAUGUAGAUUAUAAAAAAGCUUUUGAUAGGGUCUGGCACA